AAUCAGCAUCGCGGUACAUUUUUUUUAAAAUCCAUCACACGCUCUGGCGUUGGGUCGAGCAGCGUUCUGGUGCUGUUCCUAAUUAGACAAUAUUGCACAUUUCAGCCUUCGACCGCCGAACCCUCAGCAGACCUCGACCUUCUCGGCUGGUCUAGAGCCUUGAGAUGGCCAAAGGUAUCCAGCUGGAGCAUGUUGUAACCUCAUGGAAGAAGCAUGUUCUGACGACCACCAGUAAUCCCGUGGACCCAAUUCAACACCGAGAAGCCCUCAAGGAGACCAAGGAGAACAAACCAGAGAUGAACAGGGACAACUUGUGUAAAGCCCAGUCCACACUCCAUAGCCUGUGGAGUCCGAGCAAACCCCGAUCCCCUCUGAGUGAAAAUUCCAGCUGUGUAUUCCAGGAAGGAAAUGGCUUGGAAAAACCUCACACUGAUGCAGCAAAGCCAAAGAAAGACCGAGCUACUGAAAUACACAGCGAGGUUCCGAAGUCCAACGAACAGAAGUCAGCCCGGGCCUGUCUGCUCCUCUCAGAGUCCCGAGAACAAACCAACACAGAAAAAACCCAGGACAAAGAACCCAUUUCACAGACUGGGCCUGCACCACAAAACAAGGCUAAUGGAACCAAAACCCAGAAAGGUGGUGGUCACAAAGCCAGGGUGAAAAAAACAGAGAAUAAGAUUUCCCAAAACAGGAAAGUCACAGAUUACUAUCCAAUUAGAAGAAGUUCAAGGAAAACUAAAGCUGAGAUGAAGGAUGAAGAACAGAAACACAUCAACGAACUUAUCAAGAAUGGUGUCGAAGAAGGAUUGCAGGUGCGACACAUAGAUGACAAAGGAAGGGGAGUGUUUGCAACCAGGGGCUUCAUAAAAGGAGAGUUUGUGGUGGAGUACAACGGAGACCUGCUGGAUAUCGAACGGGCUAAGAAAAGGGAGGCUGAAUAUACUCUGGACCCUGCCACCGGCUGUUACAUGUACUACUUCCAGUACCACAGCAAAACCUACUGUGUGGACGCAACAAGGGAAACUACCCGCCUGGGCAGAUUGAUCAACCACAGUAAAGCUGGUAACUGCCAGACCAGGCUUCACGACAUUGAUGGAAAACCCCAUCUCAUAUUGGUGGCGGCCAGGGACGUUGACGCAGAAGAAGAGCUGCUGUACGACUAUGGGGAUCGCAGCAAAGCCUCUCUUAGUGCUCAUCCCUGGCUCAAAUACUAGGCUGUUGGCAUCCACCCCACCCCCCCUCACAUAUUUAAUUGACAACACUGUUUUGAAGAUGAUAAUAUGACUGAGCAAAGUUGUAAAAUUGCUCAUUUUUUAAAUCAAGUUUAACUUGCUGAUUUUAUAAAUAUUUAGACAUGAGCUUUUCCACGAAUUGAACUGAGGCUGCGGCUGUAUUGUUUUCAUGAUUUUAUCUUUUAAUUUCUCUUCACCCACUGUCGUAAAAUGAUAGUUUAAGAGUGAGGGAUACCAUUUCUUCUGAGAAGUAUUUGUAUACCCUGUAGGAGUUCCUUGUAUUUACCAUUCUGUUUCACUGUUGUGGCUAAAGCCAUAUUGUAAAUUGAGAAAUAAAUCAGUGAAAAUUGUUGCAUUUUCUGAAAUGAGAUUGAGGGGAUGUGCAUUUAACUUUGAAUCGUAAUACUUUGUCUGUUCUGAAGUCCUCAAUUUAAAACUGCUGUGAGCAGAGGGUGGCCCAUCACACAUGCAGGCAAUAAAAGGAGUAGUUUAAACUCAUGACUUGCAUAUCUGAACUAACAUCCAAGUGCAUUUGUAGGACAAUAGCAAAUUCUCCCCUGAGAUUAAUAGCGUUGCUACUUGGCAGCACAAUCAUAACAAAACGCUGAAAAUUCUGUCUCUAGAAAUUGUAUAGAUCACUUUAUUCAAGUGUGUUUGCUUUGGAUACAGAAUCCCAGAGUCUGGUUUUAACCAGAACACUGGACUAUUGCUGGGCUGGUUAAUCUUUCCGGUGCUGAAAAAGCAAUUGCUAUUAAUUGCUAACUAUUGACGAUCAUCUAAAUACAUCUAGGACUGAAUACUUCAGAAAGUUCUUCAUUGAAUACUAAGCAGUAUGGUCCUGAGACAGGAUGAGAUUAUGUCAAUACUUUCAAGUUAACACCAUGUACAUCAUCAGAAACAAUCCCCUGCAUUAUUGUCCUUCACUUGUUAAAGGUUCAAUGUAGGAUUUGGUGGCAUUUAGCAGUACCACUCUUAUCUAGUUUUUUCACGGGAUUAUACACUGAUUAAAACAUUCUUAUGAAUAUUAUAUUAAAUUUCUGCCAAGUCUAUUGUUCUUGAUUCCAUUAAAUUAUAAACUCUGCACCUUUAAAA